AUGCGUCUUCAGAACGGUUGGAGAAGUCUGGAUGUUGCCGUCAUUGGUGGCGGCAUUGGCGGUCUCGCCGCAGCCAUUUCUCUCCGGCGAGCGGGACACCAUGUGACAGUCUACGAACGAGCCGAUUACGCCGGCGAAGUCGGUGCUUCGAUCUCCUGCGCAGCAAACGGCACCAGGUGGCUGCAUGAGUGGGAAGUAGAUGUCGCCACAGGUGAUCCUGUCGUCCUCCGGAAGCUCAUCAACCGUGACUGGAAGACCGGCGAGCCAGUCAGUGAGUAUGAUUUGAGCGAUUAUGAGGAGAAAUGGGGAUAUGUGUACUAUAUGUUCCAUCGCCAGUAUAUGCACAAGAUGUUGAUGGACACGGCGGUGGGUCAAGGGAAGGGCAUUCCUGUCAAGAUUGUCGUGAACCACAAGUGUAAAGAUAUCGACGUCGACUCCGGGCUCAUCACAUUUGAAAAUGGUGUCACUGCCCGGCAUGAAUUGGUGGUUGGAGCGGACGGCAUUGGCUCUGCUGUUCGGAGUAUCAUCGGUAUUCACCCCGAGAAGAAGCCAGCCAACUCGAGCUGUCUGCAUGCCAAUGUCGAUACCGCCACCGCUGUGAAGCUCGGUCUUGUGGACUACUCCAAGGAUAGUGCCCUCGAAUACUGGGGUGGCCACAACAACGUCCAUAAGAUCGUCCUUUCUCCUUGUAAUGGAGGCAGUCUGUUGUCCUACUAUUGCUUCUUCCCCCGCGAAAAGGGAGACUACAGUACGCAGAACUGGGCCAGUGAGGGAACUGUCGAGGAGCUGCUCGCCCCGUUCCCCGAUCUCGACCCCAAGCUGCUCGAACAUUUCAAGAUUGGGACUGAAGUCCGUCCGUGGAGGCUGUGGGUGCAUCAGCCGUAUGAUUACUGGCAGAAGGGGGUGGUCUGUAUCAUGGGCGAUGCGGCGCAUCCAAUUGCCAAGAUGAUGCCUGAUCAGAGCCAGGGCGCAUGCAUGGCGAUUGAGGACGCUGCCUGUCUGGGCAUCGUAUUCAGCCAGAAGCAUUUCACAGGUGACAUUCGCCAGGCCCUUGAGGUAUACCAAGCUGUGAGAAAGCCGCGGGCAACGAAAGUCCAGGCAGCAUCCGCUCGGGCGCGUGAGAAUAUCCACGAACGCAUUGGGUUCUCCGAUAACACCAAUAACCCCUUGUACACGGUCAAGGAUGAGAGCAAUAAGCUGACUAUCAAGGAAAUGAACUCGUAUAAUAUGCACGACGAUGUUGCCUCCAAAUUCAGUCAACACCCAUCUUCCCGUCUGUGA